GGAAAAAUAAUAAAGUAUACACAAGUGGCCGUUACCCUACAACUAUCCAACUUUUGCCUUUUAUGCUUGACUUCAAAUCUUCCCCUACAUUUUCAUUCUCAAUAAUUAAUUCAAAUAAAUAAUUCAAAUAAAUAAUAUUUAAAUCCCACCCCCCAACUUUCCCUUUCUUUAAACAGUUCCUCUCUCUUAUCUCUCUAAUUUCCUCCCAAAUGAGCAAUCCCAUAUCCACCACAAUUCUUCUUCCAGAAACCCCAAUCUCCACCGCCAAAAGGCUGAAGCACCACCAGGAGAUGGAGGAGGAGAACCACCACCACCACCAACAACAGCAAAUCCGCCACCAGUCCUUACUCCCCGGAAUACCAGACGACAUAGCCCAACUCUGCCUCUCUCUAGUCCCACCUUCAAUUCUCUACUCCGUCUGCCGCUCAUGGCGCCGCCUCAUCUACGCUCCUUCUUUCCCGCCUUUUCUCUCUCUCUACGCCGUCCUGUUGCCCGCCGAAACCGAAUCACACGCCUCAAACUCCGUCGAAUUCAGCUCCUUUGACCCGAUCUCGUCUAAUUGGACCGCCCUCCCCCCGCCGCCCUCCGAUCCGCCGCUCCGCCUCCUCUUCCGCCACCCUUCCUUCAUUUCCCCGCCCCUCCCGAUCCAAACCCUAGCCGUCUCCGGCAAUCUCGUCGUCCUCGCCGCCACCGACGACCGCUUCCUCCCCGCCCUACCCCACCCGCUCGUCUUCAACCCGUCGUCGGAGGAGUGGGCCCGCGGCCCCCCGCUCUCCACGCCGCGGCGGUGGUGCGCCGGCGCCUCCGGCGGCUCAAUCUACGUCGCGAGCGGGAUCGGGUCCCACUAUAAACUGGACAAAUUCAGCCGCGACGCGAUCGACGCAGUCGGGUGGAGGGAGAAGCUGUGUAUGGUGAACGUGAAAGGAGAUACGGCGAAGGAAGGCACGAUCUACGACGUGGAGACCGAUUGCUGGGGGAAUAUGCCGGAGGGGAUGCUGGCGGGGUGGAGAGGUCCGGCGGCGGCGAUGGAGGAGGAGACGAUCUACGUGGUGGAUGAGUCGAGAGGAUCGCUCAAAAGGUACGAUCACGUGAUCGACGAAUGGGUGGAGGUGGUGGAGGAUAGUAUGCUCAAAGGCGCGCUGCAAUUGGCCGCGGCGGGUGGGAGGGUUUGCGUUUUGUGCUGCGAUGGGGUUAGGAUCGCCGUGGUUGAUGUGGCGGCGCCGCCGCCGAUUAGAAUGUGGGUGGUGGAUGCUCCGCCUGGGUUCCAAGUCAUGGGGAUUCAUAUCUUACCUAGAUUGAGUCAUUCCGAUUAAUUUUAUUUUUUUACUAUAAAUUCUAUAUAAAUAUUUUGUAUAUCACUAGUAAAUUAAAAUGAAAAAUGUAUUUAACUGUACUUUGGCAAUUCAUAAAUUAAUUUAAUUUUGUUGGAGGAAUUAUUAUUUAUUUUCAGGUAAAUUACGGCCACGGCCACUCCUGAUGUAUGGUCAAAUUACAAAAAAUCCCUCUAUUUUGGGUAAUUAUAGUCAUCCCUUCUUUUUAAAUAUUUUUACAUAAAAUUUAUGUAAUUCGGUUAUUUACCAAACCAAAUUGUAUAUUCAGUUUGGUAAACAAUAUGAAAUGUUGGCUUACCG